AAAAGCUGAACAAAUGUUUGGGGAGAUGGAAGUCUGGAAUGCCAUCUCUGAGCGCGAUCGCCUUGAAAUUUAUGAAGAUGUCUUAUUUUUCCUGUCUAAGAAAGAGAAGGAACAAGCUAAGCAGUUACGAAAGAGAAAUUGGGAAGCUUUGAAGAACAUACUAGAUAACAUGGCUAAUGUCACUUACUGUACCACUUGGUCGGAAGCUCAGCAGUAUCUGAUGGACAAUCCCACCUUUGCAGAAGAUGAGGAACUUCAGAGUAAGUUCAAAGUCUCUGAAUCUCUUCUGGGAGAGGGAAUGGAUCUGUUUUAG